AAUAGAGCUGCACAACUCAAUGCAGUGAAAGUUAUGGGGCCCGAACACCUAUCGAUGACGUGACUGACAAGCAGGCAACACUUUCCUUGGGAAAUUGCAACGCGACCUGUACGCUAACCAAAAGGACCUAUAAGAUCUGUUAUUAGAUACUAGUUAGCCCUUGUUACAAGGCACGGGGGCGCCUAGGAGCCGAGGCGCCCCUGAGGGGGACCAACCAUGAUAUCGCAAUUUUACAUUCUGUCACCACGCGGCGAUGUGAUCAUUAGGAAGGAUUAUCUUGGCGACGUGCCGCGCACAUCGUCGGAGACAUUCUUUAGAAAUGCGAAGUUUUGGAAGGAAGGCGAUGGCGAGGCUCCACCAGUAUUCAACGUGGACGGGGUCACCUACCUGCACAUCAAGGAAGGUGGCGUGCAGCUUGUAGCUACAACUCGGGCAAACCUCUCCCCCUCCUUUGUGCUGGAGUUUCUUCGGCGCAUCUGCACGAUCGUCAAGGACUACUGCGGCUUCCUUAGCGAGGAUGCAAUCCGGAAGAACGUGGUGCUGGUGUACGAGCUGUUAGACGAGGUGGUGGACUACGGCUUCCCUCAAAACACAGCCACCGAGGCGCUUAAGCAGUUUGUCGUGAACGAGCCGACGGUUGUAGCCCCAGCAUACUACCAGGCCAAGCCGCUGUUCAGCCUUAGCAAGGGUCCAACCGGGGUGUUUAAAAGCGUUCUGGAGACAACGCGCACGGAUGGGAAGCGCCGCGAUGAAAUCUUUGUAGAUGUGGUGGAGCGCAUUACAUGCACCUUCAACGCCAGCGGCUACAUCGCCUCCGCGCAAGUGGACGGUGCCGUACAAAUCAAGAGCUACCUGGCCGGCAACCCGCCCAUCAAGAUCAAGCUCAACGACGACCUCCUCAUCGGUAAACGAGAUGCGCCGUACGGCGUAUCCGACAGCAGCUCCAACGGUCACAUGGUCGUUCUGGACGACUGCAACUUCCAUGAAGUCGCAAAUCUGGACUCCUUUGACGUGGACCGCACCAUCUCCCUGGUUCCGCCCGACGGCGAGUUUGCGCUCAUGAACUACCGCACCAGCCAUGGCUUCAAGCCGCCCUUCCGCCUGCAAGCCAGCGUUGAGCGCGACCCAAACUCCGAUGUGAAGGCCAACCUGACGCUGCGGCUGUGGUGCGAGGUACCGUCCGACAAGGCGGCCAGCGGGCUGGAGGUGGAGGUACCCACACCGCGCUACGUGCAGCGAGUGCACUGCGACCUGGAGAGCAGCUCGGCGGGUGGUGGCGCAGGAGGAGG